CCAUAUAUUAGUAUCAAAAUCUAAGUGCACAGAAGAAAUUAAAAAUUUCCCCCAUUUGCAAAAGCCCAGAAAUCGACCAUGAAUCAACCCCUUUUUCAUCUCUAAUUUCUCAAUCCUUUGCCACAACCAAUCGAAAAUUUUUGCGAAUCAUUUCCUCUCCACAAAAUUCUUUCAAUUUUUUUUGCUCUUUACUUCAAGAUCCCUUAAUUUUACCCGAAUGUUGCAAGCCCUAGCUUAAUUGUUGUGAUUUAGGACUCUCGGUUUUGCCACUAUUUAAGGCGUUACCCCAUUUGCGAGAAACCCUAGUCUGCGAUUUUUUUAAAAUUUUUGUAGUUUGUGUACAGAUUUUGUGUACAGAUUUCGGAUUUUAUUUUCUAGGAAUUUGCGGUGUUUGGGAGUUUAGGGUUGUGAUAUGAAUAGUAGAGGAAGGUAUCCACCGGGGAUCGGCGUUGGCCGCGGCGGCGGACUAAACUCGAACCCUGGUUUUCAGUCGAGGCCGCCACAACAGAACUACGUGCAGAGGAAUUUUGUGCAGAACCACCACCAGUUUCACAACCAACAUCAACAUCAGCAACAGCAGCAGUGGCUUAGGCGAAACCAGUUGCCCGGAACCAAUGACUCCAGUGUCGUCGACGAGGUUGAGAAGACCAUACAAUCCGAAGCCUUCGACUCAAGUUCACAAGAUUGGAAGGCAAGGCUAAAGAUGCCACCACCAGAUACUCGCUACAAAACAGAGGAUGUGACAGCUACAAAGGGAAAUGAGUUUGAGGACUACUUUUUGAAACGUGAACUUCUUAUGGGAAUAUAUGAGAAGGGUUUUGAAAGACCUUCGCCUAUUCAGGAAGAGAGUAUUCCCAUUGCUUUAACUGGAAGUGAUAUUCUUGCCAGAGCCAAAAACGGAACUGGGAAGACAGCAGCAUUCUGCAUUCCUGCCUUGGAAAAAAUUGACCAAGAUAAGAAUGUUAUUCAAGUUGUUAUACUUGUUCCAACACGAGAACUGGCUCUUCAGACAUCACAAGUGUGCAAGGAGCUUGGAAAGCAUUUACAAAUUCAAGUCAUGGUUACAACAGGAGGAACCAGUCUCAAGGAUGAUAUCAUGCGAUUGUAUCAACCAGUCCAUUUGCUGGUUGGAACCCCCGGCAGAAUACUAGACCUUGCCAAAAAGGGUGUUUGCAUUUUGAAAGAUUGUUCAAUGCUUAUCAUGGAUGAGGCAGAUAAACUUUUGUCUCCUGAAUUUCAGCCUUCUAUAGAGCAGCUGAUACGUUUCCUUUCAGCAAAUCGCCAAAUUUUGAUGUUUUCAGCCACAUUUCCUGUUACUGUGAAGUACUUUAAAGACAGAUAUCUACAAAAACCUUAUAUUAUUAAUCUGAUGGAUGAACUUACUUUAAAGGGUAUUACGCAAUAUUAUGCUUUUGUGGAAGAAAGACAGAAAGUCCACUGCUUAAAUACUCUUUUCUCUAAGCUGCAAAUAAACCAAUCAAUCAUUUUCUGCAACUCGGUAAAUCGAGUGGAGUUGUUGGCCAAGAAAAUUACAGAACUUGGCUAUUCUUGCUUUUAUAUCCAUGCAAAGAUGCUUCAGGACCACCGUAACAGGGUAUUUCAUGAUUUCCGCAAUGGAGCAUGCAGGAACCUUGUCUGUACUGAUCUUUUUACUAGGGGUAUAGAUAUUCAAGCGGUGAAUGUUGUUAUUAACUUCGACUUCCCUAAGAACUCAGAAACAUACCUUCAUAGAGUUGGUCGAUCAGGAAGGUUUGGCCAUCUUGGAUUAGCAGUGAAUUUGAUCACUUACGAGGACCGCUUUAACUUGUAUAGGAUCGAACAAGAACUUGGGACUGAAAUUAAGCAAAUCCCUCCACAUAUCGACCAGGCUAUUUACUGCCGGUGAUUUUUGUGGGAUGUUUCCUUAGCCUACUAUGGUAACAACGGUUAAUGAUGCUGGUCUUUCAAGGUCUCGGUCCCUAGUCAUGGGUGUGCAUUCUAAAAACUCAGGUGUUGUUAUAAGACUUUUAGUUUGUGCUGUUUAUGCAUUAACGUUAGCCAGGAUUGUAGGAAAGAAGUUUAGAUAAGUCCUGCUUUCCUUUCUUUUAUAUUUCUUUUAUUAACAAAUGGUUUCCUGUCGCCUACUUCGAUGCUAUUCCAAUCAUCCGAACAUCGUGGAAUGGUUUUAAAGUUGUACCUUGUGCAAGAAAUUUGAAAUUUAUCUUUUUUUCUUUUUUGUUUC